CAAAGAAUCACUGGAUUCCUUUGCUAAAAUAUCAAUCAUGAAGGUGGCUGUUCUAUUCCUAGCAGUUGCUCUUGCAACUGCACAGCAGUUCAACCAGAAACGUGAAUUCAGCAACACAGCUGUCAGACUUGCUGGUCCUGGAUUCUUCCAGCAAGGAGGAUCUUUCGCUUCUCGUUCCUCCUUUGACAACAGCAACAACUUCGAUCAGCAACGAAGAUCUUUCUCCACUUCUGGCAACAACAACUUCCAGAACCAGAACAAUGACUUCCAGUUUACCUCUUCUGGCAAUGACAGAAACUUCGGCUCAUCCCAGUCCUUCCAGAACAAUAACCAGUUCCAGUCUGGAACAGCACCAUUCCAGAGGAACCAACAGAACAGAUUCACUUCAUUGGAUUCCAGAAACCAGAAUCUGUUCCAGCAAAAUCAACAGAGCACAUUUUCCUCCAAUGAUUUCCAGCAAAAUAGGAAUAACCAAUUCCAGUCUUCCAUUAUCACCAAUAAUUUCCCCCAAAACCGAUUCCAGGACUCUUUCGACCAGCAAAAUUCUCAAAACCAGUUCAAAACAUCUUUUGACAGAGAUAACUCCAGGAAUAGAAUUACAAAGCUGGAAAAUGUUCAAUUAACCCCAUCUACUCGUUUCCAGAGUACCUCUGGACAGCAGUCUUUUGGAAUCUCUUUCCAGGCUAACAGGAACCAGCAGAACACUGGUAACCAAUUCCAGCAGUCUAACUUUAACCAGAGAAACUUUGAAGGCAACUUCCGUUCUAGUGACAACAACAGAUUCUCCACUGGAAGUCAGUCUCAGUCCCGUGCUCAGCUCCGAUCAGGUUCCUCUUCCAGCGAAUUUAAGGGAGAAUUCGACGGUAUUUUCGAGCCCCUGAACCUUCCCUCUGGUGCCAGUGCCGUACUCGGAAGCAUCUCCACUUCCUUCAGCUGUGCUGACAGACCCUAUGGCUAUUACGCUGACGAGCAGAACUCCUGCCGUGUCUUCCACGUCUGCAACCCUUAUCUCUUCUCUGAUGGACAAAUCCAGACUUAUCAGUACAGCUUCAUGUGCGGCGAGGGCACCAUCUUCGACCAGAACGAGAUGACCUGCAAGGCCGAAUACGAAGCCACCCCUUGCCAGGAGGCCCAGAACUUCUACUUCAGGAACGAACAAUUCGGUCGCCCAGAGGAGAAGUCUUUCUAGAGAUAUCUUCGAUCAUUUUGAAAUGAAUUUGAGACCCUACGUGAGCUGAUUUUGAAUGGAAAUACACACCAGUUCGACAAGAUACAGAUAAUAUAAUGACUAUAAUUGGUGAAGAAAUCUACAGUAAUGUCAGUGUAAAUAUAUUAAAAGUAUAUAUAAGUAUACCAAUGUACACACACACAC